AUGGCGAAGAAAAAAAAACAAAUCCAUGUAAACAUCAUUGACCUGCAAAAGUACUACCAGAAAGAUGAUGAUCUCAUAAUUGACGCGAAGCUACCUGAACCCAACAGAGCAGACGAAAGAAGGAAAAAAAUUUUUGAGCAGAACGAAUUCGUUCAGAACAUUGAGUGGCGGGUUCUAGAUGAAGAUAGCCAAAAUAACAAAGGGAAUGAGCCUUUUAACCGGAGGGAUGAUAACAGGAAUAAGAAUGCCCCCUUUGACAGAGGCCAUGGGAGGAAGGGGGAAUUCUCCCCCCACGGGGGACAGAGGGGUAAGGGUAGGCAGAACGGUAUAGGUGGUGACGAAGACGAUGACGUCGACUUUUCCAACCUUAGGAGCAAGAGAGACGAGGGUGUAGACUUCCCCAACCGUAGAAACAGGAGGGAGGACGACGUUGACUUUGCAAACUUCCGUAAUAAGCGAGACGAGGACAUGGAUUUUACGAACCUCCGUAAUAAGCGGGAUGACGACAUUGACUUCCCAAACUUUAGAAACAAGCGAGACGAGGACGACGUGGAUUUUACCAAUCUGCGAAACAGGAGGGAGGACGACCUAGACUUUUCCAACCUUAGAAACAAGAGGGACGAAGACGUCGACUUUGCACACUUCCGUAACAAACAAGACGAAGACGAGCUUGACUUCGCAAACCUUAGAAACAAGAGGGAUGAAAACGACCUCGAUUUUGCAAACCUCAGAAACAAGAGGGAUGAAGAGGACCUCGAUUUCGCUAACCUCAGAAACAAGAGGGAUGAAGACGACCUCGAUUUUGCAAACCUCAGAAACAAGAGGGAUGAAGACGACCUCGAUUUUGCAAACCUCAGAAACAAGAGGGAUGAAGACGACCUCGAUUUUGCAAACCUCAGAAACAAGAGAGACGAGGACGUCGACUUCUCUAACCUUAGAAACAAGCGAGACGAGGACGACCUCGACUUUGGAAACCUUAGAAACAAGAGAGACGAGGAAGACCUCGAUUUCGCAAACCUCAGAAACAAGCGAGAUGAUGACGUGGACUUUUCCAACGUGAGAGCCAAACGGGAGGACGACGUGGACUUUUCCAACGUAAGAACCAAGAGGGAUGAAGACGACCUCGAUUUUGCUAACCUUAGAAACAAGCGAGAGGAGGACGUGGACUUUUCCAAUGUGCGAAACAAAAGGAAUGGAGACGUGAAGUUCGGCAUUGCUAGGGGCAAGAGGGACGAUGACAUCGACUUUGCUAACGUGAGAGCCAAACGGGAGGACGAAGCGACAAAAGAAAAGACGUCGACCAGUGAGAAGCCGUACCACCUUAGACGACUAGAGGAACUGAGGAAACGGAAAAAGCUGCAGGAGAAGGUGAAGGACAGCCCGGUGGAAAGUCAGCCGAACGGGGAUGUCCUUUGUGAGCACCAGGAGGAGGAGAAGCCCGAGGAAAAGGCGAAGAAGGAGGCUGAAGAAAGGGCCAAAGAGGAAGUUGAAGAAAAGGAAAAAAAAGAAGCCGAAAUAAAGGCUAAAAAAGAAGCCGAAAUAAAGGCUAAAAAAGAAGCCGAAAUAAAGGCUAAAAAAGAGGCUGAAGAGAAGGCUAAAAAAGAAGCCGAAAUAAAGGCUAAAAAAGAAGCAGAAGAAAAAGCUAAAAAAGAAGCGGAAGAAAAGGCAAAAAAAGAAGCCGAAGAAAAAGCUAAAAAAGAAGCAGAAGAGAAGGCCAAAAAAGAAGCGGAAGAGAAGGCCAAAAAAGAAGCGGAAGAAAAGGCCAAAAAAGAAGCGGAAGAAAAAGCUAAAAAAGAAGCAGAAGAAAAGGCCAAAAAGGAGGCGGAAGAAAAAGCUAAAAAAGAAGCAGAAGAAAAGGCCAAAAAGGAGGCUGAAGAGAAGGCCAAAAAAGAAGCCGAAAUAAAGGCCAAAAAAGAAGCCGAAAUAAAGGCCAAAAAAGAAGCAGAAGAAAAGGCCAAAAAGGAAGCGGAAGAAAAAACAAAGACAGAGGCUGAAGAGAAGGCCACCAAGGAAAGUGAACCUAAGGAUGCGCAGGAUAAAGACGCCGAAGCGACCGACUCGAACGCCACGAAGGAGCCCACCCCUGUUGAUGUCGCCAAACCGGCAGACCAAUCUGGAGAGGUGACGCCAAAGAAGAAGUUCGUUCCAAAGAGAGUUAUAAUGUACCAACUGGAACAGAAGGAGAAGGAGGAGCGGAACCAAAAACUUCUAGAAGAACAGAAAAAACAGAGGGAAAUGAAAUUGCAGCUUCUUAAGAACAGAAGCCAAGGGUCGUCAACGUUUAUACCCACGGCGAAGCUGUUACACAUGGAGGCCCAAAAGGAGAUAGAACAAAAUAAGGCAGGACAAAAUGUGGCAGGACAAAAUGAGGCAGGGCAAAAUGAGGCCACGAAGGAGGUGCUCGGUGGAACAGCCACCCCCAGUAAAGUAGAAUCCCCCAAUAAAGUAGACACCGUGGUAGUUGAAGGCACCCCCAAAGUGAGACCCACCAAUGAGCAGAAGAAAAGCGCCACGAUGCUUAAACGAGCCAAUCAACCAGAACAAAAGAAUGUAAAAAGCAUAAUCGAAGAAAUUGCGGAAAAAACAGAAAACGCAAAAAUUGUAGAAAAAAUGGACAUAGAGGAAGUGACAAAAAAGAGACGAGAAGAGUUGUACAAAAAGCAGCUCGAAAAAAUUGCCAAAAGAAAUGAAGAGAACGAAAAAUAUAACAAUAUAUACAAGCAUGACUUGGAUAGUAUGAAAACGUUUUACUUGAAAGUGAAGAACAGAGUUGAGCAUGACCAGUCGAUCAGUCAAGACGAAUGCAUGGACUUGUGUUCCCCCCUCCAGACGGACGAAUGCAACUACCUGGAGAGCCACGUGCCUCUCUUCGUGACGAUAACCGUUUUCAUUUUAAGCCUUACCCAAAAGUGUGCAGAUGAGGUGUACCUGAAGAAGGCGGCCAAUUUGAGGCUUCUUUUUCUCUACCUGAAGGAGAGAAGCAAAAUUGAAAACCACGACGAGUACAUCCUAAACGACGUCGUAAAAAUUUGUGACGAACUGAAGUACCCGCACCUGUCUGAGGAGACCUCCCUGGUCGAAGCUGCCUUCGACGCGCUUCUCUUCACCGGCGUUAUCUCGAAGGGGUCAUUUGUGAAGUGGUUUGAUGAGGACAACUCCGACUCGGAGCUGAAGAGCAAAGCCAUGCUGCAGCUGAUCUACUGGCACAAAUGGCUCACCGAGGAAGAGCCGCAAAAUAUUGAGGAAGAAGAAGAGGAAGCUGAACCGGAGGUCGAAGAAGAAGAAGAUGUGGAAGCUAAAAGUGAAGACGACAUGAAGGAGAACCUCCCCAAGAGUUAUUUGUUUAAAAAGAUAAAAAAGAAAAUAUUCUGA